AUGUUUCAUGUUCCUCAAAAUUUAAUUGUUCAUUACCAUCAUUGUUCUAUAAAAGAUGUUGGCGAUGUUUUUAUAGACUGUUUAAAUGUUCAAUUAUUUUUUCUAAAGAACGUUUUAAAUUGUCCUUUCUUACAUUUAGUAGAAGAAAUACAUCCUUUUAGCAAUUAUGGGUCUUACCCAUAUGCUUUUAAUACCUUAGAGGGGAAUAUUUUAUAUGACACGGAAAUUAUUGACUAUUUGAAAAAUAUUUAUUUAUUUGGUUCGAUUGAAUAUGAAUUAUAUUUUGGAAUUUUGAAUGAACUAAAGACAAUAUUGAUAUACUACCUAUGGGCAGAUGACAAAAUUUACAAUAAUUUUACCAAAAAAAUAUAUAAAGAUAGGUUUUUUUAUCUAUACUACGUUUACCUAAUAAGAAAGCUGAGAGAAGAAAAUUUAGAAAAAUGCAAAAUGAGAGGAUUAGACAACCACAGUUUUAAUAUAAAACGGUUGAAAACAAUUUUAAAUAUAUUAGAUAAUAUUUUGUAUGAUAAGAACAAAUCCAGAUCAGAAAGUGAUGUUUCCUAUUUUCAUUCAGUGUGCUUUUCUGUUUUAUCCAUAUUUUACUCAAUACCUUUAAAAUUUAACAUGGAGUUACAAAAUGUUUUACUAUCCAAGCCGACUUUAAUAGAAUUUGUUAAAAGCCUCAACGAUACUCACAAAGUGUGGAAAAAUGAGAAAUCGUUUCUUUUAGGUAUCUGCAACACAUGCUAG